UUGUAAUCGGAACUUUUAGCGUCACCACGCGCAUAUAGAAGCUAAGUUAGCGUCCCUAUAAGCCAGAGUUUCGCAAGAUUUCGCCUUGAACAGCAGUACCUUCGUUCUUUCGUUCCAAACCUUUGGCACAAGCGGGACCGAUAUGUAAGUGAUUUUGUUAGUUUUAUUUCAAUAUGUUUAAGUUUAGUUUUUCACCUUGGGCGAUAGCGCACAUAUGUACUGUGUUGUACAACAGUACAACUAAUUAUCUUGAAAUCAAAGGAGCAUUUUGAAAUAACUAGACGCUCACACAGUAACGCCCACAUUUUAGUCUUUGGACUGUUAAUCAGCCGCAAAUGGUCAUCGUGUAGCCGAUCUUUGAAUCUCGAGUAGUUUUAAUUUAGCCUUUUAAGAUUUGUUUAUGUUAAUUCACGUUAAUUGUUGUUAUUUUAAUAGCGUUAUCGACAUAGGCACGUAAAGCGUUUCUUUCAUGCCUUUCGCACCAAUUCAAGUAGAUUCAUGCAUUCGUUAUAAUAUUAUUGUAAUUUCAGUUUAAGAUCGUGACCGUGAUCUAAAUAAACACCGUUGAUAGUCAUCUUGGUUUUCGUGGUUUCACUACGACCGGUAAAAUAGUCCCCACAUCAGCGACACUUAGAAAACACGCAUAGCGACACCCCUCGAAGUUUCCUCCGUCGCAAGUGUCACAGUGAUGUCUGUACAGAAUUUACCAACUUAAUAAAAGUAGAUGUAGAGAUAGCUGUAGAUGAGAUGUCACCAUUGAAUAUUUAACACGCGCAAUAAUUGAGAAACAAUUGACAGCUUCGCAAGUGGUCCGUGCGUUUCAUCAUUUUAUGUGUGUUCAUUUUGUCGACAAAAAUGCGGAUCAAGACCAAAACUGUUCCUUCGCCUUGAUAUAUUUUCAACGUUCAGGGGUGUACACACACUGAUUUUCACAUAUGUGCCUUAUAUUCUUUUUGGCUUACACGAGGAACCGGCGAAUUUUUAUAGAGAUAGGCGAAGCGUUGCUUCCGUGGCUGGCCAUUUGUUUACUUUUCUGGUGGUUUCAUCUCUCAUCUGUUUGGUGACUACGCAAAUAUUAAUACGUGAAAAUUAAAAAUGAAGGCUCGAAAUUCCAUUAAGAACGAUUGUGACCGCUUUGUUAAAAACCGAAUGCAAUGGCCGCUUUGUUAAAAACAAAAGAUAUCAAGAAAUGGGCAAGGAAUAUUUCACAGUAGUGCACAUGAUCGUAAAAGAUGAGGGUUAGCGAUAUUUUGCAGCUAGAGCACCAUUUGAUACCUGAUCAUGCCCAUCCAGCCCACCCUCUGCCCUACAAACACACAUACACCAACAAAAAGGACACUGUCUGCCUAACGAGCUCUGCCCGUCCCACCUUCAGCCCAAAAUUGUUUUUUCGAUUCCCAUCACGACGAAUGCACAAGUUUUCUCAUCACACAACUGCCCAAAAAUAAUUAAAAAAAAUUUAUUCCAUAAGUCUUGAAAGUUCACAUAAACCGAAUUCAACUGUACCUAUCUUCAACAAGUCAAAGAAACCAAUACAAACCUAAGCCAUAACAUGAAUGGUCUGGCUCCAAGAGCCCUUUGAUUUCAAACUUAUCGCGAAAGAUCUGUACCACAUGCUAAGAACGCAUUACGUGACAAAAUUAUAAUUUCAAUAAAAACGAGAAGUGCGACUGGUACAAACUAAUUACUGCUGAUUGAAAUAAGUUAUAACGGAUUUCAUGCCUUGGUAAUUUAAUGUUAGGUGAGAUCUUAAUCAUAGUACUAUAUAUACAAUAAUAUAUACUAUAUUAGUAUAGGUAAUCACAUGAUUUCGAGUGCAAUUUGGAAUAAAUAUGCACAAGCAAAUUUUUUUCGAAGAGUGGUCUUUGAAAAAAUUAACAAGUGCUUAUUUAUUCCGAAUUGCGAAAAAAGAAAAAUCGUGUGAUUACCUAUUAAUAAUAUACAUGAAAAAAUACGAGAUAGCUUAUCAUAAUUAUGCAGACGCAAAGUGCGCGCAUCAAGUGCAAAAAUAAUUUAUUCAACCCUGCAAGUGACUUUGUGCGUUCGGUCAAAACAACCGCGUACGAUCAAAACAGUAAUAUGCAAUAAUAUUUUUACAUCUUUAAGGCGCAAAAAAGUUCAAAUUCCGGCUGAACAGUUCAAGGAAUUGUUCAGUCUGUGUCCGAAUCACUUUGGAUGAAAUGGAAUCGUCGUUUGCGAGGUUUAACCAUGUUUGUUUUUAAUUUCGGCUUAGAAUCGCUCGAGUAAAUUGUUAAACUGGUCGGCUCGUAAUUUUCGAUUUCCUUGGCAAUUCCCUUCCCUAAACACCACUUUUCCAAACCUACAACUAAAAUGCAGUGCUUUUUUACAGUGUUUUCGUUGUUACAGCUGUUUUUUUAGCUGCUGUAUUGUUACUGAGGUGGCAAAAGAAAACCUACUUAAAACGCCGGCCAUUGUUUCGCUCGCAAAUUUUCAGCGUGUCCAAAUCUUGCGACAUCCAAGGCUCGCACUUGAUUGGCUAUCUGUGAGUUUCUUUGAUAAUUGACCAAUAAAAAUGUCUGUUUUUUUACUUCUUUGCACUGAAUUAACCUUCUUCUGCACUGAAUUACCUAAACACUGCAUUUAUCUUAGUCAGUCAGAACUCAUUAAUUUUUUCAUGUAUAUUACUAGCUUGAUUACCAUCAAUUGACGUAGAUUUAUCAAUAUGUUUCCGGACUUUAUGGUUUACUGCUUCUAUGGCAUCGUCUUCCUGUUAUGACACUGUUUAUAUCUCCAACGUUUAUUAAAUCGUUUUCCAUGUUAUGGGGGGGGUGAUAAGCAAAAACACGAAGAACGCUAGCAAGAAAGAAAGAGUGCAUGGUUUACAUAUACUUUUAUAUGCUUUGUGUCUUGCCUUCUUUCGACAGCGCUUGUCACUUUCAAAAAAAAUCGCGUCAAGAAGAUGUUAUGAGUGCACUUGUAACGGUUGCUGAUUCGUCUUUCUUAGGAAACGUGAUUUCCAGCCGUGGUCUGUUGUAGCAUUCGAUGAAUGUAAACGUGUGUUUGAUACGAUACUCCUUUUUUUUCGUAUUUCAUCCAUUCCAUUUCUGUUAUUCUUUGGUAUGAUCUUCCUGUCGAAAAAAAAUUGUGUCUUGUAUUGGAACUCUAUUUUAGAUAAUUGCAGUGGUCGUUUCUACCUUAUUAUGUGAAGCAACGACGUCACUUCCGCCGAAGUCCUUUGCUCGGUCAAGCGUCAACGCUGUAUUGUUGUUGUCUCUACUUCAAUUUAAACACGGAACUUUCAAAACUUCGUCAUUAGAGAUGAGUUCAGAAGCAAGUGUGUAGGCUGAGCGUUCUCUUAAACAAGGUUUUUGUUCGAUCAUCUGUUUUGUUUUUCACCAUCUUUUAGAAGAAGGAAAAUGAAAAAAAAUGCAGCGCUAAGUGGUGAGUACAAAUUUACUCGUCUAAGAAAAGGAGCGUCGUCGAGUGGUGUGAAAAAAUCCUGCUUCAUGGUGGAAUUGCGCCAUUUUUUUACACUUGACUAUAACGUGGCACCUUUUAUAUUUUUUACAACAGCCAAAGCUACAGUUAUGUUCAAAAAUUAGAUACAAACGGUAGAUUUAAUUUGCCAUCUCUGGUUCUAAUAAAUUAUAGUGCUGAUGGCAGUUAAUUAAUUCCGUACUUUAAGUCUCAUUACAUUAUCGUCACCACCACCUUCUGGUUCCAAAGUCUUUAAUUAUGGCGCUAAUGGCAGUAAUUAAUUUCGGAUUUUAAGGUUCAUUACUCCACUGGUAUCGUCUUCCUGUUAUGAUGCUGUUUAUAUCUAUAGUGCUUUCUAUUGGAACUGAGUAGAUGGAAAGAAUGAAAUAAAAUAAAAAGAAAGUAAGAACGAAACAAAAAUACAAUUAAAGGAAAUAUUUCACUUCAUUUUCCGUUACGUUGUAUUGCGAGUGAUGAGGCACCACCAGUUGCCACCAGUUUCUACUUCCAAAGACUUAAAUUAUAAUGCUGAUGGCAGUAAUUAAUUUCGAAUUUUAAGGUUCGUUACUACCCAAAGCUAAGCUGUAAUUGACUAAAUUUGUCUAAAAAAUGUUUUUUUAAUACUGACUUUUAAACAAUAAGUUUAUUUUUUGUGUGUCACGCCAAGCUCUUCUAGCCAUUCUAGCAAACAACACACAGAGCCUUUCGUAGUUCCUUGUUAGAGGUGCGGUUAUUGAGCCUUCGCACAAUGUUAUCUUCAUCCUCAUUCCCAAUCACAAUGUUUGCUACUUUUUCCUUUUUUCCCCAUAAUUUAAGCCGAAGAAGGGAAAAGUUGCAGCAUUUAUUGUUGAAGUAAAGACUUCGCCAAUCUAAGGGGAAGUCGCUAUCAAGAUACUGAAUUUUUUUGGUCACUACAGUUUCUAAAGAUGCUAGAAGUGUAAUGUUCAUAUUAGUAACGAGGCUUUAAGAGAUGAGCCUUUCGCACAACUCCACAUCUUACGCUUGGACCUAUGCAGUGGGUGCUUCCAACGUUGUCCCAGCAUUUGCUUGUGUUGUUGUUUUUUGCGAACAGCAUAGCAAAUUAUAGUUCUACGGAAGUUGUUGAAAUCUUUUUAAAGCUCGUGUCUUGUAUUUCCUCCAAACCAAAGCUAAUACAUUUUUUUCUUUUUUGAUUGCAGUAAAGGAAUACGUCACAUAGCAACAUGGAAAGCGCAUCAGAAGGGCAGAGCUUUGUGGAUGGGAGACUCCAAUGUCAGUGAUUCAAUUUACUGUUUGAAGAAUUAGAUACAGGAAUCGAAAUAGUGAUAAACACUCAACAACGUUUCUUUUCUUACUUCCCUCCUUUACAAAUAUAAAGUCAUAUUUUCAGCCGAGGAGAGUGUUCGUGGGUAGAGAUGUUAGGAAUUAUUUAAAAAGAUUGGCAGCGUAAUCCAGUUGAUAAAUUCUUGAUUAUUAGUAAUAAAUGCCAGGUUAGGGUAGUUCUGGCUGGCAUAUACCUACGUUCGCCUUACCCCAUAUUGACACUCAAUUGGGAUUGAUAUGGAAGUAAGAACCAUUUUUGAAUCGGGAACAACCGUAAGUAGAGCUGUACCGGCAAAACCAUCAGCAGGAAAGGGCAGCAAAAAAGGGACUAACAAGUGCCAUCUGAACCUCCAUGUUGCAUUAAUUUAUUUGUAUUGGUGCAUAAGAACUUUCACAACCGAAUGCCUCAAGCAUCGGGUUAAUCGUCUGUUAAUGUCUCCUACAACAGUCUCCUUCGGACUACUCUCAUCCACGCGAUUAGCCUCAACAAUCAGUUGCUUCUCCUGAGCUCCAACCAUUUACCGUUCAUCUCUUGAUGUAAAGAUGGCUCACGGAACCGGAUACUUAAUAAAAGAGAUAACGUAAGGAUGGUCUCAAACUUUCAUUCUCAUAUGUAUACGAUGUACCUUCAUAAAACACAGGGAUAAAGGAUAAGAUGAGACGCAAGGACAUUCCUAAUAACGCAGGAACAAGAGGAAAAAUUCGUUUCGGUCCACAAGAAGAAACAAACUCACCAGUCCAUUACGACACAGGUAACUAUAUUUAAUUACUCAAGCAUCCUUUAUUUACCUCAAAGCUUAGGCAAAAUUAGAACCCCAGCCAAGUUGAAUGUGUCGCACCGUGAGUUUUGUACCAGAAUCUUCAGAGGGAUUUUAUUUAUUCUCUUUCUUUUUGAUUCAUUUUUUCUUCUGUUUUAUCUUAAUACGGGUGAAACUCUACAAAUCAGAAGGAAAUGUGUUUUGGUCGUAUUUCCGCUCCGUUGUUUAUAAAUCAUGCAUCACAUGAUAUAAAUCGCAAAGUAAGGACUUUCCCCACCGAAACUGACAUUCCCUGAGGAAUGGUAUUUUUCCUGUGACUUGGAAUUUUUCUCAACAAUAGACAAGUGACUACUUAUGAAUAACUGUUGGCAUGACAUUUUGGUUAAAAGAAAGCCUUGUUUUUCAUAAUGGAGAAACUGAACCCUUUACCGGAAAGACAUUCCGGCGCUGUUUACAAUCCAACAAUAUCUAGAUUUUUCCAUCACUGAAACACCUUAUGGUCGAAGCAAACCACUGAGCAUUGACUUCACAAAAAAAUCUGUCAGAGUUAUCUCUGACCCACGGUAUAGUUUCUAAGAUUCUGAUGACCUUCCGUUGGCCAUUAGAAGAUUUUUUCCCCUUAUGAAAAUCUGUUAUCCUUUAAAAUUUACCUCUCCCUAUUCGUUCUUCAUCUUUUUUCAUAUUGCAACCUCCCCUUUGUCAGGAAGUGCAUCAUAUUUUCGAAAAGACAAGGCAUGUACCUUUGUGAUAACGCUCUUCACCAUUUGAUUUAGAUACCUUCACCCUGAAUUAUUUUUUGAGUGCUAAAGGAGAUCACAUGUCAUGGGAGAAUAUACAGAAAGUAGUUACAGUUAAUGCUCUCUGCGACGCGGAAGACCCCAUCAAAAACGCAUUUAAGGUAAGCUUACUAAAUUGAAAGAAAGUUCGAUCUUUUGAUAGCCAUAAAUCACAAUUUUGUUGAGAGGGCAGUAAACCAUACACGCAAAUAACAGGCAGACCACUGGAUACCUAAAUCAGCCCACUGUUAUAAAACAACCGGUGCCCGACUUUGGACACUACCAUCCGAAUUUAGACACUAGUGUCCAAUUUUAGACCCGAAGUCCGCUUUAUGACAUUACAGUCCUUUUAGAGAAACGUGUGUCCAAUUUGGACACUACCGUCAGAUUUAAAGUAAUACUGCCCUAUUUCAGACGUUAGUCCCCGUUUUAGUAACGAGUGUCAGAUUUUCAGACAACAGUCUCAGAUUUUGGACACUAACAUGCAAUUUUAGACACUGGUGUCCGAUUUUUACCUCUGGCGUCCUCUUUUGGAUACCAGCGUCCGACUUUAGAUACUACCGUCCGAUUUUAGACUCUGGAGUCCGAUUUGGACACGAUUGUUAGAUUUCAGACACAACUUCCGAUUUUGAAAACAAAUCUUUUUUUGUGCUUUCGAUAAAAGUUACCUUGAUUGUAUAGGGUCUUCAUUCCUAGAUCUAUUCAUGCAUUCAUCCACUCCAUCAAUCUUUUGUCUGUACUUCCGAUCGUUUGCUUGUUUGUUUCCUCUUUCUCAUAUAUCUCAUACAGAUAUCAUGUUUUUAUUUUAGUUUCCGCUUAUUCUCUGUCUCAAUAUAAAUAUUAGGUCCAUGCAAAACUACUUCAUCUGGCUGAAACAACCACAGAGAACACAAAAUCCUUGGAGAACCUAGCUGAUAAUGUCCAGGACUUUGCAUUCGAUUUCUUGGACCAAGUAGAGAGGAAGGAAGACAUGCGCAUCAAUGAUAAAGAUAUGGAUCGAUAUGGUUCUCUGUUCAGUGACAUGACGGAUAACGCAAUUGCCGAACAACAGAAAAAAGUACUUUUAUGGUGUAUCUACCGAAAAAAAUUGAAACACAAAUUUUAAAGUCUUUCGGUUUCUUUUGAACUUAGAACCUCGAGCUCAUUCUCAUGAAAGAAGCAUACGUAUUCCAGAGAUUGUGAACUUUGGCAACCGAUUUUGAUGAAUGACAGUGCAAAUUUGGAUUCAAAUGUGGACCCACCAUGAACACACUCAUUCCAAGCUAUCAUUUGGCUGUUUACAUGCAAGGCCAUAACCCCUCCAAAUUAAAGCAUGACAUAUUUUAUUGUCAUUUGAGGAAUAUUUCAUCAAGGCUAACUUUGCAUAAGUGUAACUGAAAUUGGUUGACCCCUGAUCCCAACCUCUGGAAUACUAUUCGAUUUUAUUUUCCAAGUUCAAACAACUUCAAUGCAUGAUAUUUUACACUAGAUUUCUAUAACAUAUAGCCUGAAAAAAGGUUAUAGACGAGAGGAUUUGUGGAUAUUUCGAGCAGUACCAAAUUCAGGUUAAUUGAAUAGUUGCGAUACUUGAAGCGUCGCCUUCGUAAGUGAGUUAGGAAAGUAAUAAGAAGGAGGAGUAUGGAGUAUGGUUAUUAGUUAAAGUAAUUCAUUAUUGACAAAAGUAUUUAUUUUCUUCCUAUCACGUUAUUUCCUCAGUUCUUAUCACAUCCAUUUGUGUUCAAAAGAGUAGAAAAACGAUGGAAAUAUGGCUUAUCGGAGGAUUUCCAAUCUGGAAAGCUGCACCGCUGUGUUCUAUUAUUGAUCAUGAUGCUGGAUACAAUUUUGACGCCCCUAUUGCUUCCCUUAAUCGCAUAUGCAUUCCUUCAGGACCAGCAACAAAAAGCAGAAGGAGAGAAAUCGAGAUCGCUUUGCACAAGGAUCUUAGGUAAAUAUAAAAUAAGGUAAAUUAUAAAAUGAGACACGUCUAAAAGAAUGAUUCAAAUAACUGGUUGUUAUUCAUGUAACCGCCCAACAUUUUCUCAGUUCUGAGGUACGCAUCUCUCUCCAUAGGGGCAUAAAUUAUCGAUUUUGUCUACGUUAUCAUAAGGUUUGCAUUAUCUCGGAUUUUAGGUAAGGGACCUUAUGACACCGUCAAAUGUCAUUUAUCUCAAUACAAGCAAAGAUUGGUUCUUUAAGAGUUGUUUUUUGUCUCCACAAUUGAACUGUCUAAACUAUGAUAAGGCAUAAUUUGACAUAACAAUCAUCAUUCAACUCACCAUUCUUAAUCCCGUUUUUUUACAGAAACUUAUAGAUGGUACUCGGAUACUCCCUGCGUCAUUUUCGUUAAGACACAGUUUAUGCAACUGAUUUUCAUUGUGCUGCAUUUCUGGAUAUCCAUAAAUGGUUCGUCUGUUGCUCCGACCAUUGAGGAGGGCUUGGUGUUGUUCUUCUUCGUUGGAUUUGUUGUCAGUGAGAUCCAUCAGUAUAAAACAUCGGCGGAAAAAGUUUACUUCAGGUAGUAGACCCUUGACGUUCAGAAGGCGAGAGAGCUUUUUAGAUCACCUGAGUUUUUAAGUCCAGUAUCUCUAUUAAAAACAAAUAUAAUUAUUGUUAGCUCUGUUUCUCAAUGUAUAUUUCCCAGGAAAUUUUUCGGGAUAAUUUAGGAAAACCUAAACAUGAUUUCCAUUUCUUUCAGAAAUCCCUGAUUGUGAGAGUAAUCGGAAGUUGCAAUUGUAUCACAUGUGUAGCAAAACGAGAUUCUUGCAUAGUAGGAGUUGUUACAGUUUUCUUUGUCUGGUGUUUGCUUUUCUUUAGCAAUUCCAAAUUUAGUGUGAGAUCGACAACAAUUAAACGCUUUAAAAACCUACCUUCUUUGGUAACAGCUCUUAUCGACGUUCAAUUUGCAUAUCACAAUAGACGAUUCAAAAUAUCGAGACGAAACUUUUUAAAUAACAGUUUAUUUUCUUUCCAUUCUAGAGACAUGUGGAACUACUUAGAUAUGGGGAUCGUUUUUAUCUAUGUGGUCAUUCUCGUUUGCCGAAUAGCAACUUCCAUUAUCGGUGGCGAUGCCUUUCACAAUCGCUGGUUAGAAAUCGCCAAUUACUCCUAUGGGUUCAACACCCUGUUCCUUACUUUACGAUUUUCCAGUAUCUUAGAGCUUAGUUCAGUUGUCGGUCCACUUCAGCUGGCGUUGUUUCAAAUGUUAAGAGACUUGCUGAUUAUACUCAUUCAGUUUGCUUUCGUGAUUGUGGCGUUUUCAAUGGCCAUCACGAAGUGUUACACCGCUGAAAAGUCGUACACGAUUCCACAGGACAGCAAAUCAAAUUAUACAGAGUAAGCCGCUUACUUACCUGCUUCUGUGCCUUUUUGUUUUUAACUGUUUAUUUGUCACUAUGUAAAAAAAAAGGGUGUAGGAAGAAGACGGCAACAACAGAGCAAACAUUUCAAAUCAUUUUGAAAUCCACCUUCUUCACAAUCUUUAAAGCGAGAAUCGUCAAUCAAGGAUGAAAGCUCUAUAAUGUUUUCUGAGAGCUAGCUCGUUCAACAUUUCACUCUUAAAAUAUUUACGGCCAACACAUUAUGAGUAGACUCUGACAAAGUUUUAUUAAAGAGAGCAAGUUAUCUCUCUCAUUAUUUUGAGAAAGGACCCUUUGCCUAUGGACAUGAUAUUGGACCAGUCUAGCUUGAAAAAUUAGAUUGACUUUUUGGAUCAUCGCUAGAAGUGGUGUUCAGGUCAGGGGUACACAUAAAUAGGCAUCAUUGAUGAUUGUGUUCUACUCAAGUUGUCUCUUGCUGUUUCCUUCCUAUACUAACAUUCUAUUUUUUUUUUCGACCAUUUUACCUUAUCAAUAUAAACAAAGGGAUUUUUCCUUUCUUCUUUCCCAGGUAUUGUGUUCCAGGAAAUUUCGACUGGUAGGUCAUUUCCCUUUUACUUAAAGCUCAAACAAGGUCGAGAAUGAAGAAUCAGAUUUUUAUAUCCUCUCAUCAACUGGCCAAAACGUAAUUUAUUUUAUUUCCUUGAAUGGAACGUAAAAUUGCUCUAUUUGUAAAUACCUUUAACAAUUCCAAAACUGAUGAAUUAACCUAAGAGUGAAAAAUUAUCUAACCUGCCUAAAAUUUGGCUCGUUUUCGAGAAGAAAAUACAUUUCAGCAGCGCAUUUGCCCAAAAUCUGCUAGUAGGGUAACAAGUUAGUUACGAAACACAUACACUUUUUAGUACAAUGAUGUUCAUUUCAUGGCUUUUUUUUAACGACAUACUACACUCACAAGCAUCUCCUUCCGUUACUUUCAGUUUCUUAAAGUCUGCAAUACAUCUUGUCUGGUCUGUUUUUGGAAUGGCCCAUUUCGAGGAGAUGGAAUCUCAAACUAGUACGACUACGAUCAUCGUUGUUCUCCUGUUCUUGUGUUUUUUGGUGCUAUCAGUCAUCAUGUUGGUUAAUAUUCUAGUAGCCUUAUUGACAGCGACAUAUGAUAAGUACAAGGUUUGUUUUAAUUAGUCAAGCAAAUUAUAUAUAUGAUCAGAAAAGAAAAAUAUUAAUAUAUUUGUUACUAUGAUUUUAUGUUUGUUUUUCACGCCGCUAGAUUUAAGUUUAAGUUUUAUUUGGAAUCAUUCAAAUGAAGAGGCAUACUUGUUGUCUUUGCUUCUUAUUGUUUGUUUUCAUCGCUAAGUGAGACAACUGCGUAUUUGUUAAUGUACCCGUUCAAGUUUUCAACAUGCUCAUGACCUUUGCAGCAACCUCAUGCUCGUCUCGAAACAGCGUAAUAAUGACUCAGCUCGUAUAUAUACCCAAACGCGAUAUUACGUUACUUCUAAUGCACUUCCUCUGACACAAACAAUUUGUUUUAUGACUCAACUAUACAAAAAAAAAAAGAUCUAUCCGAAGUUUUUUCUUGAUGAUAUAGUAAUGAUCAGCUUUCAUGCAGCAUUGCUUUUGUAUCCUCACUGUUUAGAACGGCUGGGAAAUAGAAUGGAAAUUCUCACGCUCUGUUAUGGAGGAGCAGUAUAGACGAAUGCACGUGGUUGUUGUACCAUUCAACAUACUUACUUUGCCAAUAGUGUACUUGUAUUGGGGACUUCACGAAGAUACCGGAGAGGAGGUACUAAACCAAUAUCAGAUCGGAAAAGAGCUUGCCAAUUAAGAUUAGCCAUAAUCAUCAUUAUUUUAGUGUAUUAAUGAUGUACAUGGAAAAAUCGCACGCGUCUGAUUGGCUGAAAACGGUGGCAUUUUUUAUGAAUUACGAGUGCAAAGUUGUAACACGAGUACAGGUUACAAAUAGCGCACGCACUCUUUCAAGUUUUCGAGUUUCUGUGAUGUUUUUCAUGUACAUUAUUUACAAGUAAUAAUAUGAUUUAUCUUAAAAUCUAGUGUGAUAAACACUCGUGAGCAAGCACUUGCUAUAAGAAUGUACUUGUGCUUAUUGAAGUCAAAUUGCACUCGAAAUCAUGUUGUUACCUAUACCUAUUUUAGUCCUCAAAUUAUGCUUGCCGCGCCCAGAUGUAAUUCAUGUAUCCUUUAUCCAGUGCAAAAAGCUUAUCGACAUGUGAUGCUGUUGUUGCUUCUUUCUGAUCGAUUCCGCUUCGCUUGUUUGUUUGCAUGUUUUUGGAAUUUAUGUUGUGCUUGUUUGCUCUGGCUUUGUUUCUUUUGUUUGUUUCUUUUUCUGUUUGUUUAAUAAUUUGUGAGCGGUCGCUGUUGCACCGUUUGUUUAUAUUCCAUUUUUGCUUUUUGCCAAAAUUAGUCUCGCCUAUUGUGCUUAAGACUAACACCAGUUGUUUGCUGUUCUUGUUUUUGCUUUUAAAGAGAAAGGAAAGGAGGAAAAAGGAGUACAAAGAUUUCUUGAAGAGCGUGUUCUUUCCUAUAAUAACACACCGCUAUAAAGAGAAAUAUAAAGGAUCGUUUCCUUCAACAGGUAACGCUUUCGUAAAUAACUCUUUAUGAUUAUUGUGCAGAAAAAGUUUAUAAGAUUCAUGCGAGAAAAUGGGCGAACUUAUGAAGAUCAUCUAAAUCUGUUGAACAAUUACGUACGGAUGAACGUUUUUUUUCAUAUAUAGUUCUAGCUCAGAUUUAUAAAAGAUGUUAUCGUCCACGGAGGAGAUACAUAUAUAUAUAUAUAUAUAUAUAUAUAUAUAUAUAUAUAUAUAUAUAUAUGAAGUUUAAUCGUUUGCCUCACGAUGUAGAGUCAGGCUAUCAAUUGUAUAUAUUGUGAAACAAACAAUUAAAUCUUCUUUAAUCAAACUAGCUUUUCUAUCAUUUCCUGUCUCUCGGGAAAAAAACCAGAUACAUAAAAAUAAGUCAAUCAAUGACUCGAAAUCCACAGACGAAAUGUUUUCAUCGCCCAAUUAGGGCGUUACAACGUUCAGCCAAAUGCCAUCUAACCUGGAUAAAAAAAAAAAACAUACUUCUCAUCUUUGCUUCUCACUGUUUGUUUUCAUCGCUAAGUGAGACAACUGCGUAUUAGUUAAUGUACGUCUUCAAGUUUUCAUUAUGUUCAUGACCUCUGCAGCAGCCCCAUGCUCGUUCCAAAACAGAGUAUUGAUGACCCAGCUCGUACACACGGACGCGUUACUACGUUGCGUCUAAUGCACUUCUUCUAACAUAAACAAUUUGUUGUAGUCGAUAGUAAACUGAAUACCUUGGAAGAAAACCUGAAUAGAGUGAAAAGAGAACUUGAAAUACCAGAGGAAAAAGAACAAGUAAGACCCAUUUUUUCAGUCUAUGAAGCGCUUCGCAGCAUAGGUUCAGUGCGUCGGUUUGCUAAUUGUUGAUUCAUAGAUACGUGGUGGCUCCUGCAUGAACGCGCACUUUUUUUAUUGCUCUUAUCUCAUCACCAGUCGGAAAUAUUUUGUUUGUUUUUUUGUUGCUUUUGUUUUUUCAUAUUUGUUUUGUUUGGUUGUUUUGUUCUGGUCUGCAUGUCAGAUCGCAAAGUCCCUCAGACACUUGGAAUUCAGUUGUCUUCAGAAAGGCGAAGCCGAACUAUGUUACCAAUGGGUACUUUUUAUGCCACUAUUUGUUACAUAUAAACGACUGACGUUACUGAAAUUGUUGUUGUUCUUGCUGCUGAAUUUUUUCUGUGAAACACUCUUUAACUAUUUCUAAUAUUAUGGGAAAAUUUGUAUUUUUCUUUAAAAAUUGAGGCAUGAUAUGGCCAACGCUUUUAGAAUUACCUGUCAUUACCGCUUAUCUUUGCAUUGAGAAUCCAUACACUUCCUUUGCUUAUCCAAUAUUCUAUUGUUUGUGCACAAAAUAAUAGGGGAGUCAAGAGCCAAAUCGGGUCGUCUCCGUGAAAAGCAGACUGGAGAGAAUUGAAGAAAAGCUGAACAUACUUAUCAAAAGGCUGGGACAAACCAAAGAACAGGUCAGACUUUGUUUGUAGGUAUUCUAUUUCAAACUGCUCAUAUCGUGUCACAUGGAUUAAUAUGCAUGUUUAACCAUGUGCAAAAAGCAAGCGAUUAUAGACUGUUUAUAAUCUCUUGCAGGAAGUAAAUAUAGCUAAAUCUUUGGGUAUAGAAAUGUUGACAACCACAUACUUCUUGUUCCUUCUGCUGUUUAACCUAUAGAGUGACGGAAAGGCCAACACAAGAUGGCGGCAUGGGUGACUCUGUUAGCUUUCUUCAUAACAUCUUUGAAAUCUUAUUGAUAAAUUAAACUUCUUGGCUCCUACUGUAUGUUGGCGCUCAAGCUCUUCAGAAGGGUCCCUCAUUAACAACGGUGAUUGCAGAUGUACCUUCGUCCUCGCACAAUGUUUCAAAUCAGUCAUGUGCAUCGAAUAGUAAUUACAAUAAUUAUUAGGAAAAAAUUUUCAUGGAUAAGCUAAAUUGAUAUAUAUUUUCUCUCCUUUUAACCCAUCAGGCAAAGAGAGAAACAAAGAGUGACAACAUCGGAACCCCUCAGAUGCAAAACUCUAGAGAGGACAAUGGCCAGGAUUGUCAUUUGUGAAUCAAUCGACAUUUCUGAUGACUAUUUCCUACUCAGCAAUUUCUUACCACUAGACCUAUAACUUUAACUUUAAUACUAACUCCUAAUUAGUUACAUUAAACAAGUCAGUUCAAUCAAUUUGAGGACUGCUUAAAACAAAAUUCAAGAUUUCUUAAAAUAAGCCGCCUUAAUUAUUAACCUAGUUAAAAAAAAUCAGUUUCAAAGACUUAUCACAGAAGAAUAAAAAAUCACUCCAAACUCUUAAUAUAAAUAAGAUAAUUACGAUAAAAAAUUAGCACUGACCUUAUUAUAAAAAUAAUUAAUGAUAGAUUUGCCCAUGGUUUACAACUUGGGCAAAUGGGUUGUGUGGAGUUGGUCAAAUUUGAUUUAAUAUGUCAGAAAAUGUGUGUGAGCUUGACAUUAGAAAAAUUCGAAUCUAAGCGUAAAUGGGUAUAAAAAUCAAAUUUUUCACCUUGCCAUCAGCUUUGACAUCGGUUAUUUUUCCUAAUAUUUUUAUCACUUUGCUAUGACAACGGAGGAUUAAUGAAGUCUGUAAACGCUUUUGCUCCACAGAUGGAGCAAAAUCUAAUCUCUAUAAUCAAGUAAACUCAUUUAAAAUUUUAUCAGUUUUUUUACUAUGGGAAGAUUUAUACCUUCCACGAAUUGUUGAAAUGUAGCCCUCGCCUGUGACAAACAGUCCUUAGCCGAGAGUGUUUUAUAAGCCUUUAACCCCAAAUGUGUUUUGUUAAACCGGCUUUAUCUAUAUGACAAUUAGAAACAGAGAACAGAUUCAGAAAAACUUAAUUUUCCAUAGGUUUUACUGAGGUAGUGACUCACUUAUGUUUUCUGUAUGCUCAACAUGAAGGUGACAACCAUCGGUUUUAGCAGCUUCUAUGAAAAAACAAUUUUAAACCUCGUUUUUAAACAUGUUUAAGCUUUGGUGUGAAUAGGGUAUUAGUUACAAUUGCCAUUUCCUUGUAUAUAAGACGCGUUUUCGACCAAUAGAAAUAAAGAGUGAGUAUCAGUUCACCUCUUUCAGCGAGAGGGCUCACAGGAAGAUGUCUAGUUUUCUAAUUGGUUUUUUUUCUAUCCCUAUGGGCUCUGUGUUGAAUGGAAAAACGCCGAUUCCUGAAGAAAUUG